UAUAUAUUAUUUUUACUAAAUCAUUAAAUAUUAUUUGCUUUAAAUCAUUUUUUAUUAAAUUCCACAUAAAAAUAAAAAUAUAUAUAAUUUAAAACAUAGUUAUCGUACAAUAAUUUUUAAAACGUAUAGAAGAUCAAUGUCUCCUGCAUAAGGCAUUCCCCCUCUUCUUCCAACAUUCCCUCUGCGCUUUAUGAUUAUGCUUUCUGAAGUAAUACACCAUUCGCUACGCGUCCAUAUCUGAAGACGCUUUAUCAGAAACUAGCGAGAUGGAAUCUUAUCGAAUUAUCAACUUUAUUUUAUACGCUGACUAAUAAUUCCAGUAUAUACGCAUUUAUAGUUGCAUGAAACAAUUUGUAAAAGAUUCGUUUAAAAAUUUCUGAAAAAGAAUAUUGUUGCUCUUAUGUAAAAGUGCAAUUAAUUUUCAACUAUCACAUUCAUGGUAUUUAAUCAACAGUAUUAAGAGAUACAGAUAUAAAAAGAAAAAAAAUAUGAAUAAAUAAAAAAAAUUUAUUUAAUCUCAAAAAAUGGCAAACAAUUUAAAUUCAAUUUGUGAAGAAAAAUCUACACGAUUUUUACAAAUUCCUUUAAAAUCAACUGAACAAAUUUAUUUAAUCUUUUUAAUUCCAACAAUUAUUACUUGUAUAGUAUAUAUAAUUCAUUUUUCUGCUGAUUUAGUAGUUGCUAUUCAACAUUUCAAAGAAAAUAAUAUAAUAUGGGCUUGUUGUACCAUUACUUUCAUGUAUGCACCUGCAAUUGCAUAUUUUAUAUUAACUGUUUCAAGACCAGAUUGGUGGAUGUCAAAUGAUGAUAAAUUAACAAAGAGUAUCUUUUGUUGGUUUUGUCUUCAAUUUUGUCAGUUGGUGGGCUUUGUUCUUUUUGCUCUUUAUAGGUAUGCAGGUCUUAUAGUAUUAUGCAUUGAAGCUAUUAUUUUAACAGGAAAAGAGAGAACAGAGACUUUAAAUAUAGCAGCUACACCUGCAGCUAUAGAAUUGUAUUUUUUUUUACAAGCAUGGUUUCAAGCAGCUCCUCAAGCUCUUUUUCAAACACAUUUACUUUUUCGUGAAACAUCAUUUCAUCAGAGUCAUCAAUCUGUAGUUGUAAAGGUGCUUUCUAUUAGUAUGUCUAUUGUAAUACUUGCUAUUCAAACUACCUCAUUUCAAAGAUUUGAAAGUCAACGUAUUAAUGGUAGAAAAUUACCAUGGGCAAUGUGGUUAAAAAAAUAUUGUGUUCAGGAAUUUUGUGAUUUUGAAGAAAGAGCUCCUUUAAAACUAUCAAAUGUAAGAAAAAAUAGUACUUUAGAGAAUUCUCUAGAACAAAAAGAAUCUAUACAAGUUCAACAUGAAGAUAAAGAGCAAUGUGACCAUAUUUCUCUUGAUCGUCAAGUAUCUAUAACACCUCCUUUACCACCUAAAAAUGUAUAUAUUACACCACCUCCAACUCCUUUACGUGGAAUUACUACAGUUAUACCUUUGCCUAUACCAGAUGUACCAGCUCCACCAAGACCAGAUUCUAUUUGUACAGUUAUAGAAAACUCAGAUUCUGAAAAAUCAUUUACUAAGAAAGUAUCUGUUGCAGCAACAAAAAAAAAUAAUAAUAUCAUACAAAAUUUAAAAGUUCCUCAACGAAAAUAUUCAACAAAAGGUUUAGAAGAAGAUGAUCCUAUAGGAAAAUUUUUAAGUUUUUUAUGGUGGUUUUUUUUUAUUCUAGCACGGAUACUUACUAUUGCUGUAUUCUAUGAAUUUUUUCCACUUUACUUAUCCAUUGUGCUUAGUUUACAUUAUGGUAUUAUGUUAAUAUAUCUUUUUUAUUAUACAAAAUAUUAUGACAUUAUUACUUUUUUUCUUAAUCUAUGGUUAGGAUUAGUGUAUAUAAUUAGUUUAAUUGAAUACAGAAUUAAAUUUAAAUAUGCAGAUAAAUGGGUAUUACCAUAUUACAUUUUUGUAUUAAUGCAAAAUAUGUUUUUAACAUUAUCUUGGUAUUUCUAUUCAGAUUGGGAUGGAUUUUGGUAUACUUAUGUAUUUUAUGUAAUAUUUGGAAGUAUGACAUUAUGUAUUUUAUCAACUAUAAUUUAUUGUGUUUUAUUUAAACCAAAGAAACAUAGGAUAUAUACAAGCUGACAAAUGCAUAAAACUUUUUCAUGGUAAAAUAUUCAUUAAAAUGUGAUUUUACAAAUGCUUUAAUUUUUAUAUAUUAUAUGAA